CGGGGCCUCGCGCGGGGGGCGCCCCCGGACACCCCCUGCGGACCGGGUGGAGGAGGAAGAGGAGGAGGAGGAGGAAGAAGACCUGAACUCCCACGCCACCUAGGGCACCUGACUGCGCUGCUCCCACUUCGGUUGAAGGGGUGGAGGAAAGCGGCCUGGAGAACCAUGGGGGGCUGCGAAGUCCGGGAAUUUCUUUGGCAAUUGGGGUUCUUCUUGCCUCUGCUGACUGCUUGGUCUGGCGAAUGCAGUCACGUCUCCAACAACCAAGUUGUAUUGCUUGAUACAACAACUGUGCUGGGAGAGCUAGGAUGGAAAACAUAUCCAUUAAAUGGGUGGGAUGCCAUUACUGAAAUGGAUGAGCACAAUAGGCCGAUUCACACAUACCAGGUAUGCAAUGUGAUGGAACCGAACCAGAACAACUGGCUUCGUACCAACUGGAUAUCCCGCGAUGCCGCUCAGAAAAUUUACGUGGAAAUGAAGUUCACCCUGAGGGACUGUAACAGCAUCCCGUGGGUUUUGGGGACUUGCAAAGAAACUUUUAAUCUCUACUAUAUGGAAUCAGAUGAGUCUCAUGGAAUGAAAUUCAAGCCAAGCCAGUAUUCAAAGAUCGACACCAUUGCUGCAGAUGAGAGUUUUACCCAGAUGGAUCUGGGUGAUCGAAUCCUCAAACUCAACACUGAAAUUCGAGAGGUGGGACCGAUAGAGAGGAAAGGAUUCUAUCUGGCUUUUCAGGACAUCGGGGCCUGCAUUGCACUGGUGUCCGUCCGUGUUUUCUACAAAAAGUGCCCCUUCACUGUGCGUAACUUGGCCAUGUUCCCUGAUACCAUCCCACGAGUUGAUUCUUCCUCUUUGGUUGAAGUCAAGGGCUCUUGUGUGAAAAGUGCAGAGGAGCGUGACACGCCGAAACUGUAUUGUGGAGCUGACGGCGACUGGCUGGUUCCUCUCGGACGGUGCAUAUGCAGUACUGGAUAUGAAGAAAUUGAGGGUUCUUGCCACGCUUGCAGACCAGGAUUCUAUAAAGCAUUUGCCGGGAAUAUAAAGUGUUCUAAAUGCCCUCCACACAGUCUAACGUACAUGGAAGCAACUUCUGUCUGUCAGUGUGAGAAGGGUUAUUUCCGAGCCGAAAAAGACCCACCUUCUAUGGCAUGUACCAGGCCACCUUCAGCUCCUAGGAAUGUGAUUUUUAACAUCAAUGAAACAGCCCUAAUUUUGGAAUGGAGCCCACCAAGUGACACAGGAGGGAGAAAAGAUCUCACUUACAGUAUAAUCUGUAAGAAAUGUGGCUUAGACACCAGCCAGUGUGAGGACUGUGGAGGAGGACUCCGCUUCAUCCCGAGACAUACUGGCCUCAUCAACAAUUCUGUCAUAGUACUUGACUUUGUGGCUCACGUGAACUAUACCUUUGAAAUAGAAGCCAUGAAUGGAGUUUCUGAAUUGAGUUUUUCUCCCAAGCCAUUCACAGCGAUUACAGUGACCACGGAUCAAGAUGCGCCUUCUCUCAUAGGAAUGGUAAGGAAGGACUGGGCAUCCCAAAACAGCAUUGCCCUGUCAUGGCAAGCGCCUGCCUUCUCCAGUGGAGCCAUUCUGGACUACGAGAUCAAGUACUAUGAGAAAGUCUACCCACGGAUAGCGCCGGCAUUUUGGCACUACCUGCGGGUAGAAGAGCAUGAGCAGCUGACCUACUCCUCCACGAGGUCCAAGGCCCCCAGUGUCAUCAUCACAGGGCUCAAGCCUGCCACCAAAUAUAUAUUCCAUAUCCGAGUGCGGACUGCAACAGGGUACAGUGGCUACAGUCAGAAGUUUGAAUUUGAAACCGGAGAUGAAACCUCCGACCUGGCUGCAGAACAGGGGCAGGUUCUUGUGAUAGCCACCGCGGCUGUUGGAGGAUUCACGCUCCUCGUCAUCCUGACUUUGUUCUGCUUGAUCACUGGGAGGUGCCAGUGGUACAUAAAGGCCAAAAUGAAGUCAGAAGAGAAGAGGCGAAACCACCUACAGAAUGGGCACUUACGCUUCCCAGGAAUAAAAACAUACAUUGACCCUGACACAUAUGAAGACCCAUCUCUAGCAGUCCAUGAAUUUGCAAAGGAGAUUGAUCCUUCAAGGAUUCGAAUUGAGAGAGUAAUUGGGGCAGGUGAAUUUGGGGAAGUCUGUAGUGGACGUUUGAAAACACCAGGAAAAAGAGAGAUCCCAGUGGCCAUCAAAACUUUGAAAGGUGGCCACAUGGACCGCCAAAGAAGAGAUUUUCUAAGAGAAGCUAGUAUCAUGGGUCAGUUUGACCAUCCAAAUAUCAUUCGCCUUGAAGGUGUUGUCACAAAAAGAUCCUUCCCAACCAUUGGGGUGGAGGCGUUCUGCCCUCGCUUCCUGAGGGCAGGGUUUGUAAAUGGCAUCCAGGCCCCGCAGCCAGUGCCAAGGGGAGGAUCCUUGCCCCCCAGGAUUCCUGCUGGCAGACCAGUGAUGAUCGUGGUGGAAUACAUGGAGAAUGGAUCGCUUGACUCCUUUUUGCGGAAACAUGAUGGCCAUUUCACAGUCAUCCAGUUGGUUGGUAUGCUCCGAGGCAUCGCAUCCGGGAUGAAGUACCUUUCUGAUAUGGGUUAUGUUCACCGAGAUCUAGCGGCUCGGAAUAUAUUGGUCAACAGCAAUCUCGUGUGCAAAGUUUCUGAUUUCGGGCUCUCCCGAGUGCUGGAAGAUGAUCCGGAAGCUGCUUAUACAACAACUGGUGGAAAGAUUCCCAUAAGGUGGACAGCCCCAGAAGCUAUUGCCUAUAGGAAAUUCUCUUCUGCGAGUGAUGCGUGGAGCUACGGCAUUGUCAUGUGGGAGGUGAUGUCCUAUGGAGAAAGACCUUACUGGGAAAUGUCCAACCAAGACGUCAUCCUGUCUAUUGAAGAAGGCUACAGACUGCCAGCGCCCAUGGGCUGCCCGGCAUCUCUGCACCAACUGAUGCUCCACUGCUGGCAGAAGGAGAGAAACCACAGACCGAAAUUCACAGACAUCGUCGGCUUCUUGGACAAACUCAUCCGCAAUCCCAGUGCCCUGCACACCCUGGUGGAGGACAUCCUCAUAAUGCCAGAGUCCCCUGGUGAAGUUCCUGAAUACCCUUUGUUCGUCACAGUUGGUGACUGGCUGGAUUCUAUAAAGAUGGGGCAAUAUACAAAUAAUUUCAUGGCAGCAGGGUUUACAACUUUUGACUUGAUUUCAAGAAUGAGCAUCGAUGACAUUAGAAGAAUUGGAGUAAUACUCAUUGGACACCAGAGACGAAUAGUCAGCAGUAUACAGACUUUACGUUUACAUAUGAUGCACAUACAGGAGAAAGGAUUUCAUGUAUGAGAGUACUACAACCACCUGUGUUUUGUGCCUCAGCAUUUCUAAAACGGAAGACAUCCUCUAUACUAUCCUCUCUUCUGAUUCUCCAAACAUCGCUUCAGAAACUGCAGUCUCCACUCAGACUAUGGGUACAUACCUUAGGUUCUCGCUUCCAACCUGGAUUUUAAAAUCUUGCUAUAUAGCUCCUCUCUCACUAACCUGCAAAUAAAACCGUGGCCCGCUGCAAAUUUUUGCUACACAAUGGUAAAUCACUCAGCAUGGAUGUGUAACUUUGUAUUUGGGAAGUAUUUGCUGGAGAAGAAUAUGCCUAGGCAUGGCUUCCUUAAUGAUGUAUUUAGAGUUUGAUAGAUAAAAGUCAGAAAUCUCUUACUUUUCUUUCAUGUUUUCUGAUCAAGUAGCUUCCAAAUUAGCAUAAGCAUUUAUUUUUUAGAUAAUUAUAUUCAACUCUAUGGGUUGUACUGUUCUUUAUUUUAUAAUAGUUUAACUGUUGGUGCCUGAUCUUGUUUACGGACAUGACCAAUGGUUUCAUGUAGUGAAUUCUUCUCAUGUGUGACUAUGGGAGAAGAGGGUUUUGGGGAGGGAGAGAGAUCAAAGGGCUGGGCUAUAAAAUGUUCUAAGGCUGGGUUUGUCUCUUUUUUAAGACUUCAUACUAUCCUGGGUAGCUCACAGUAGGGGGUAAUUUAGAGGUUUUUCACCUGGACUUUCUACUAGCUGUAUAAUCUAUUUCUCUACCUUAUGAGCACCACCACUGGAGAGAUCAAGAGUGAGUCAGUCCACUGUUCAAAUGGCUCCCAAAGACUGAGGCAUAGAGUCAACCCGUUGACGGCUCUCUUGGCUCAUCUUUACAAGUUUGCAAGAGCAAUUAUCAAAGCCCUAAGAAAAUUAAGUGUUCUCAAUAGAAUUACGUUGAAUAAAAAUCUAAGAUUAUAGCCUUAGAUUUAAUGUAAAAAGAUUAAUUUAAUUAAACAGAAUUUUAUGAUAGCUAUUUGGAGGUCCAAGUAAGUAAACACAUCUAGCUAGCUAACGUGUCUGAUAAUGGUGCAUUUUGCAAGUUUAAAAUUUUUGGCUAAUUUUUAAAAAGAAUAAGUUGCAUGAAUAUGCUGAGCUGUUUUCCAAAACUUCCAAAAGACAGGUGUGCCAUGGCAUACGCCAAAGAAAGCAUACAUAAAUCGUGUGUCAGCCUCGCUCCACAAUACAGGCACAGCAAAAGGUGAAUACAGCCAAUGUGUGUUGUUGUCAUAAUCUGCUUUUCAGAAGCUGCAAAAAUAAAGGAAAAUGUUUUUCAGUGAGUUAAGUUGAGUCAGCUAAUCAAAAUACUGCUACCUUGUGGACUAAUUCAAUUAUAAAAUCAACUGCUCCCUGUGAAACUAAAAAACAACAAAAAAAGAAGACUGCUGUGCUAGGUGGAUGGGUAGAGGGAAUUUGUUAAGAGGGUUGGGAAAAAGCACAUAGCGAGUUGUCUAAAUAUGCUGAUUUAAUAAAUCAGUUUUUAUUUGAUCUCAGAGAUAACGGUGGUAUAUCUACAUUCUCAAUAUCCUACCUAAAUUAUAUUUUUUGGUGAUAAUGGUGUUCUCAUUAUUUAAGGAACCUGAUUUUCUCCUCUUUCCUUUUUUCAAAACAUGGUUGAUUGCACCAUUAUACUAGACAAUUCUGCAUAUUUUCUUUUGCUGAUUUAUCUCCUGGGUUCUGCCUACCACAGCUAAAUUUUUCUCACCUAAAAAAAAAAGGAUAGAGUUGGAAGGAAUAGCGUCUUAACAAUUAUUCCUUAAAGUAUACUAAAAAAGAGAACAGUGGGAAGUUCAUCACUUUCUAAGUAAACACGUCAGAAAUAGCUAGCAACAUUUCCCAGCCAUCACCUGCACAGCGAUGCAUCACUCAUAGACGACCUGCAGAUUGCUGGAUACGUUUACCCAAAUCUGGAUACAUUUAGAGGAAACGUAAAAUGUCCAUAUUUAUCUGUCUUCAAAUGUAUAUUCAAUAAGAACAGAUGUAAAACAGAUUAAAUUUAUUAACCAUAUAUAUUUAUUUUUAUAAUACAACAAAAAAGGUAUUUAGAAAUAAGGAUUAAAAUAAUUAUGGUCUUCCAUAGAACUCUUGUCAGCAACUUCAGUAUACCUUGUUGAUAUAAAUUCCUAUUAAAAUAUUUACAUAAUUCUAGGGAAUGGGCAUUUAGUAAUUGGACAUUAAGGUUCAUAAAGAUUUGUUUACCUUACAGGUUCUGAUAAUCCCAGAACUUUCUGUAGUAUUAUAAAACUGCCUUUUCCCUUGCCUCUCACCCCUAUCGUCUACAAAAUUCCUUUUGAACUCCAUUUCUAUUUUUCAGAAUUGUAAGCAUUAUAAAAUUAAAUGUAAUUUGAGCCUCAUCAUAGUCGAAGAAAGAUUGAAUUAUGUGUGCAAAAUUAAACAGAAACAUUUUAAAAAGUAA